UUCUCGACGUCGACUAUCGCGAUCUAUGGCGGUGUUUAUCGAAACUAAGAGAUCUCGAGAGUAGCAAGAAGCACGGAGACGAACCAUCUACAACCUUAACCUCGGCUCGAAGAUCGAAAGCAGAAGCCCGAAAGUUCGUACCUUCACGCCACGCUGUUUGGAGGAGUAAAUACCCGUAGUCGAAUAGAGCACGCUAGGCCCUUAUAAAGGGGCUUGGUCUAGUGGUUCAUGAAAUUUUAACGCAGCAUCGGAAAGCACGCUCCGAAUCCGUUGCAAAUCCGUGGUUAUGGACCUAUCGUGAGGUUCCGAAGCGGUCUCGGACGAGCUACCCGCCAUUCGAAAUUACCAAAAAGAGGACCAAAGUUUUACGACGGAUUUCGUGGGAUUUGAAAUACAAUCUAGGACGAGACUCGAUGCGUGAGCUGCGAAGAUCCGGACAUGACGUUCUCAUGUUUCUGGCUCUCGCAUUUUGGAAUUAGGCAAUUUUAACUCGCCCAGGCAAAAACCGCAAAAACAGUGCAUCGUUCCGAUUCAUUAGCUGUGCGCACGGAGAUUCCGUCGAGAAGUUAGAGCGCAACGCAAAGGAUGUCCAAAAAAAUCCGUUGGAAUUCUCUGCCUCGGUAGAAAUCAGAAUUUAACGAUAUAAGGCUCCAGGGGACCUGUGAUCGAGGAGAUAUAUCGGGGAAUGAAAUGCAGUGAUCAUGAACUACCUCUCUGCGACCCUGUGUGACUUUGCGAAUCAGAAGGUAGUUAGAUUAUGACGACGAUGGACUCCGAUUCUGAAAGUCAAGAUAGCGACGAUGGACGUCGUUUCCGCUUCGAAGCAACUAGAAAGGACGUCGGUGCAGGGGUAGCGCACUCAAGGAACAGAAGAUCACCUCUUCCAGCAUUUGAUCUAGAGCGUCGAUCUCGAUCAAGAGACAGAAGUGUUCGCGAUAGGAAAGAUCAUGACAGGUCGAGGAACGCACACGACAAAAAAUCUCCCACACAUAACGAGAGCUCUCGGAGGAUAUCCAAAGAUCGUGAUACAAAUGGCAGGCACGAUAAGGAGUCCAGGAGUUCAAAGUGCAGGGACGAUAAGGAUUUAAGAACGAGUGUAAAUCACAAAGACCCUAAAGAUUCGAAGGACUCGGGUCCGAAGAGUGGUAAAACUAGUGACAAGGACUCAAAAAAUUCUAGAGUGAGACCCGUAGACGCGAGAGAUUUAAUCAGAGGGAAAGAGUCAAAAGACUCGAAGGAUCGCGAUCGAGAUAAACGGCGGUCGCAAGAACGGUCGCAUGAAAGGAACCACGACGACAAAUCAUCGGAGAAGCAUGGAAGCAGGGGCCGUGAUAGGUACAAGCAUCAUUCGAGGGAUAGAAGCCGUGACAGAUCAGUGCACACUGCUAAAACGAAAUCAUCUCGUGAUCAGCCCAUCAAGCACGAACCAACUCAAAAGCUGUCAAAAAAGGAGGACAAGGCGAAGACCUUGAAAGAAGAGCUUAACUCGCCGAGCAUAAUUCUCGAUCAAAUUGGCAGUGACAGCGAGUCUGAUUUAGGUGCGCUGGAUUCUGACGUGGGACCAGUUUUGGCUUUGGACGAUCCUGAUUGCAAAGAUUUAAACUUGUCGGACUUUGAGAUCGUUUCGGACACGGAGGAGGAUUCCUCCGGAGAGUCGGCCAGCCAGUCACCGGCUAGAGGACCGAUAAUCAAAGGGGAAAUUUUGCCUCCGCAUUACUACAAGCCAAGAAUCAGGCAGCGUGUUUCGCGACAGCAGUACGAACGCAUAAUGAAACAUCAGGCGGUGAGGAACAGGCGCCUUUCUCAGUUGCACAAGGUAAUUCCGAGCAGCGGCGACGAGCGGUUGCCUGGUUCCCGUGAUAGUAAUCCUCCUGCCGUUUCAGAUUCCUUACUAGGUCCUGCUCCGUCCGAAAUUACAUCCACACCCACUGCGAUAGAAGAUCGAGCCUGCUGUGCGCGAGAACAGGGGAUACGUCCCGAUGACAAAGACAUUAUUAAUAAAAGAAGUGGUGAAGAACCGUGUACCGUGGAUAUAAAUAUGGAUCAAUCGAGUGGUAGUGGUACUAGUGGAAAGUCGCAAGAUUCAAAGGAAGCGAACAGGGGCUCUGCUUACGGACCGGCCUUGCCACCUGUGCCUACGCAAAGUUCAAGUUCAAGUCAGUGCAACAGUGAUGUGCCAUCUGCGAACCUCGCCAAAACUGAUUUCUUAGUUACUACCGAUAAGGAUAAUUGGUCAAAGUCAAGCUCUGAAGUUGAUCAUCCGACAGCCUCGAGCGAUGACAAACCAGAGCGUGUCUAUGGACCUGUGUUACUUGUUCGGUCGGACACUGACAGAUGUCAUACGGUGACAUCAGAGGAGCCUCGCAUCAUAGGCCCCAGUUUACCGGAUCAUCUUCAGAAGCACUCGGCAGAAUCGGAAGAUGAGAAAGAAAGUAUCUUUGGGCCUGCGUUACCACCGCAUUUGAUGCCGCAAAGCUUCAUCGGACCCACUUUACCACAAACUGUGAAAUGCAAUGACAGUGUAGAACACUCGGUGUCGACUUUGGAUAACGAAGAUACCUUUGGGCCGUUGCCACUUGAUCAUCCAGCUGCAAAAGAUUGCCGAGUGCAACAGGAGUUGGAGGAAAGAGCAAAGCUGCUGAAAAACAAAAUCAAGACUGAGGACGACGUCGAUGAAACAAAACGCGAGGAAUGGAUGAUGGAACUUCCUCCAGCACAAGCCGUAAAUCUUGGACUGGGACCACGAAAGUUCAGAGCCAGACCGGGCCCAGAUAUGUCGGACAGAUCUAGCUGGACCGAUACGCCAGCAGAUAAAAUUCGGAAACGAGAAGAACAGAGGAAAGCUUCACACGAAAAAAGUGAACCAUGCUUACCACCACCGCAGCAACAGCAACCUGGCACAUCAGAGAAGUCCACAUCUAAGAAACACCAAGACUCAUUAUUGGAACUGCAUCAGAAGAAGCUUCGGAAGAAAAAGAAGAAAGAAGAGAAGGAAGCUAAGGAGACCGGUAAACCCAUACGCCGACCAUUCGAUCGCGAUAUUGAUCUGCAGGCCAAUCGUCUUGACGAUGCCAACAAGAAGGCAAUCUUCAUGAAGGCCCGAUUACUGGACGAUAGAUUUUCACGAGGGAAGCUCUAACAUUUGUAUCGAUUAACUGUAAGUUGAACUAUCGUAACGCAUAUGUUUACAAUUGACGACGAAUUGAAAUUAAUGCACCGUUGAGUGCAUACCAAGUGGUAUCGUACUGCCAGGUGCCUUGGGCUUGAGAAAGCCUCCUGCUUUUGUUCACGGAUUUUACACGAGGUGUGUGUGUGUGUGCAGAAUUUGAGAGAAGACUUGUACAAUACAUGAUCGUCCCGUUAAGAAGCUCGAUAUACUUUUUUUUUCUUCUGUCGGUUUCAUUCCUGCGAUUGCGUUUGACAUCCUCGAGUUUCUGGGAUUUUAGCGAGAGAAUUUCAUUCGAAUGAAAUUCACGAGAGUCGUAAUUUUCUGUGUUACGUCAGCUGGAUUGUAUACAUCGAUCGUCGCAUAAUUGUGUAAAUACUUGUUCUAGGUAAGCUUGGUAUACAUAAUUAGGCACCUCACGAGAAUGAGGCCGUAGAGAGUAAUGAAGAUAAUUAUUGUAUCUUGGAGCCGCUAUAUAAAGGUAUUUUAAGUCAAAAACGACCGGUAGGAUUAUGCGAAUAUUUUUUUUUUCUCCCCUUUAGUAUAUAUGCCGAAUAAACAUUAUGAAAAUGAAAUGUUACAUUCGGCAUGUGCGUACCUUUUGGUUCUGAUGACAGGAUUCCGUGGGAACGUGGAAUGAUCAUGUUCUUGCAGUCGUACGAACAACUGUAACAAACGGUCUAAUUAUUUUCAAGGGAAUUUAGGUACGAGAAUUGUAAGGAUAAAAUUUAUCAUAGUCCUCAUCGAAGACUUGCUUUGACUGUUUACGGUAAUAAUAUACAAAACUUAAGUAAUUCCUGUUGGGAUGUAUGAUAAAGCUACGAGAAAUUAUUACGACUACGGAGUGUAGGUUAAUAACGAGAUCUGUAAAAGUCAGGAGUUGGGAUUUUUUAAGUACUCGAUUGGCUCGCUAAAUUUUUACUUCUAUUAUUAGGAGAACGAUGGAUAUACUUUAAAUGUUUUUUUUUACAUUUUAAAUAAUUUUAGGGCCCCUUGAAAGUGUUGCGAAUGUUUUUUGCUGCAUAAGGAUUAAUUGGACCUCUGUAUAUAUUUUAUUCGCCGAAAGGUCUACAUUUGUUGUUAGAAUAAAUGUAAUUCCGAAGACUCGGUAUGUCAUUGCGUAACGAUAACCGUUACGUUUACUUUUGUCAAAAAAGGAUUUAUCAACUGUUACCGUUAUUUCCCUUCUUCUUAAGGUUGGAAUUUCAUAUUGAGCGGACAAUAAUAAGUAUAAUCUUAGGAAGUGUCAUUUUUUUAACAGUGACGUCAUAUCCAAAGCGUGAAGUAUGCUGUGUAUGCAUAAUUAUGUACAUAAAAAAAAAAAGAAAUGGACUUGAAAAAUAACGAGAUCUUCACUUGGAAGUAGGCAAAUUA